AUGGGGGUUAGGAACACGCUGUACCGUUUGAAACGGACGUUCACCGGGUCGGUCCCCACGCAAGAUCAGAGUGAGGACUGGCUCCCCACAAACGGUGACGCCGGCGCAGACGCAGACGAGGACGAGACGUAUCGGCUGCCGCUGGACCUCGAAGGGUACUCUGUGACGACGAAGAACCGGUUGCUAGAUACAGAUAUCGCUAACGAGUUGCGGGCGCUGAUGCCGCCGCGAAUCCAGUUGUACACCCGCUGGGGGCUCGUUUACUCCCUCGAACAACACGGAGCGUCGCUACACUCACUGUACGCGUGUCUCAAGGAUGCAAGGGACAAAGUGCCCAAGGGUAAACGAUGCGGGUACGUUCUCGUGAUCCGAGAUAGAUUGCAAAGUGUGUUUGGUGGUACUGCAAUGAACCUUGGCUCCCCACGGAACAUCGCACGUACAGGGGAACGUGAGUGUUUCCUGUGGAGCGUACAGAGAGUGCAGCCGAAGGUACUACGUGGUCAAGAACACAACAUGGAGGGAGGGAUGGGCUGGCAGUUCCGUGGGUUCCCCUUCACCGGGGAGAACGAGUUCGCGAUGUACUGCACGUCGCAAUUCCUCUCGAUGGGCGCUGGAGACGGGCUCUACGGGCUCUGGUGCGACGACGCACUGUUCCACGGCGUCUCCUACCGCUGCGACACGUACGGGAACGACCCGCUCAGUGCAGAGGGCGAGAAGUUCCACAUCACUGGCCUUGAAGUCUGGCAGGUCGGCUGUUGCCCGGAUUUCUGA